ACGAACCCACGGAAUCCAACUGAUUAUGACCAAGUUCCAAGGUUCCACAAAGGACAAUGACCCGCAUGCCGUCCAUGCGCCAGUGCCCAAACACACUCAUGCGCUGGCGGUGCUUGCGCAAGAAAAUUCGCCAAGAAAUGUCGACCCACCUCCUUCGCCGUCCCCGUUUUCCGCCGGCACCCGCGAGUUCACCCCGACAACGAAACAGGCCCUCAGACUGCGCAGAAGGCCCUCCUAUGGUACCAUUGAGACCGGCCGUGAGCAGCACUAUAACUUGGAUUAUGCCAAAGACCAGGCUCAGGCAGCGCGGAAUUUAUUAGACCCAAAGUCCCGUUUCUACGCUCGGCCCAGACCUCGGCACUUGGACUUACCGGGUCUUCUUCCCUAUGAGGCCGAGCCGCUUCAUGAAAGAGCCCGAUUUCUUGCACAUAUUGUGGCGCACUUGUAUAUUGCAGUCAAGCUGCUUGACAUCCAGGGUCUGAUUUCUGUAUCGGCAAAAGAUUUGGCUUCAUUGAAAGACGCCCCGGGGUUUUCGGACAUUGACUUGGCGCUUGAGACAGACCUAUUCGAGCUUGGUAGCGCAAAAUCAUCGCCCCGUGAUCCCGAACUCGUUGCGGAUGACGCAGUUCUCGACGACGCCAUGGCAGACUUGGACUCUGCCGACGAGGAGGAAUCUGAGAACGACGACCAGGCUGAGUACGACACAGGCGAGUCUGGUAGUCGCCACAAAAAGUCACCCCGGCUGGCAGCAGUUGUAUCUGUGCGCAUCUGGACACACGAAUUGCUUGUAUGGCUCCAGAUGAAGUACGAUAUGCCUGUAUCCUUGCGUAUGGCUCUUGCCAAGGUAUACUUUGCCAUAUGCUGCUGCCGUGGACAGCAUUUGAAUUUAAAAACAUAUGUUCGUGCAUUUGAAAAGCUCACAAAAGACAUCGAUUUCUUGAAGGAUGAGGGCUUUUCCUUAGAUUGGCAGCCUGUUUACAACGAGAUUCGCCUUCAUUUCCCGACUGCCGACUCUGCAGAUGAACCCCGCGAAAGAAAAGAGUUGAGCUUGUUGCUCAAACUCGGCGAGCGGGCAUCGAACUUUUUCGCCCCAGAGUCUCUCCCGACUCUCUUUCGUCACAUCGCGUCGCAAUUCUCGAUUCCAAAUGCUACUAUGGUUCUUUGGUGCAUGAGGAUAUUACCGCAAUCAUUUAUUGUGAAUUUCUCAGCGGCGGAAUCUAAUACAGAGAUUGAUCUCCGUCAUUAUAUUGCACCUGUCUUCUUCAUGUGGCAAAAGUUAAGCAAACUUCCUGGUGUAGACACCCACCUGACUUGUGUUUUAGGAAGGCUUACGUUGUGCUAUCUUCAAUUUUUGGCUCAACAUCCGGAAGAUAGCAUAAAUUUCGGCGACUUUGGUGUUUUCACGAACAACCAAUUUUCAUUCCUUACUAACACGAUUUUAAACAGUUUAAGCAUAAUGCCAGACAAAUUCGGUUCGAUGACAACUAAUUUCUUCCAUGGAUUUAGUAACAUGGUUGUCUUUUCUUUAAAUGGACACAGCUCUAGUAAGAAAGAUGGUAUUCUAGACCAGAUAGGCACAUUUGUGAACGCAAUUGAAAGUUACGUACAUCCAUCCAAUAGCGGAGAGUGGUCAAAACCAAUAGGUAAGUUGAUAAUGAGUCUUGUCCAUCAAUUUGCAAAGAGGUACAACAUGGAAAGAGAGGUUGAUGGGAAGUUGUAUGCUUUGGCUGAGACACAUAAACUUUCAGAUAAGGUGGUGAAAAGCUUUGUUAGUAUCAUUCUUCCCAUAGUGAGAACAGGGCUUCAGUCCAAAAAGGAAAGUGCAGUGGAGCAAUAUCUACUCACUCUUGCCCCUUUGGCUCAUUUGGAUGCUGAAACCACCUUGGGUUAUCUUCUACUUGAUAUCUAUGAGUCACUACAAGGUGUUAUUUCCACACACAGAGUGAAGACAGCUUUGAGGUGCAUGGGUGAACUCACCCGUUUUAUUGCAGUAUCUCCUCUUUACCGUGUUCACUUACCUCGAAUUCUUGAAAUGAUGUUGCCAGGGAUUGACUCUAAUGACCUAAUGAAAACAGUCGAUACUCUCGCCGUCUUCUCAACUGUGGCUAAUUUUGUUCCAAUUGCUGAUCUCACUCAUGGCACGGGUGAUGGUAUGUUAGCUAUGGAAGUUACAAAUAUGCAUAUUGAGUAUCUCCUGAAAAAGCUUUAUGAUGUGAGUGCUUCAAACGAAUUAAUUAUCGAUUCAGAAACCGAGAUACUUGCUCUUAAGUCAUCUACCGCUUCGUUUCCUCUCAUCGUGCAAUCUUUUGCUCAAAGAUUGUUUGUUCUUCUAGAGUACCUCCCUGACCCUGCGAAAAGUACGGGUAUUGAAAAGUAUCUCUCUGAAAUGUUGCCUCGGCUAGUUUACAUGGUUCUCGAGGCAAUGUCCGAUGAGGUCUUUGUGAUGUUCAGAAAAAAGGUGGUGGACUUUAUCUCUGACAUCACAAUUCAUCCUGCGACAGAGGCUACAGCUGAGAUUUGCGGGGCGAUAAUCAAAAGAGACCCCAAAUUUUUCCUACAGCUUGGUCCAAUACUUAUUGAGCACAUUCGAGAAGAAAUUUCUGAUAAUGGGGCUGGUCAGUCUCGCUCAGGUAUGGAUAUCAUUCCUAGAGAUCAAAAUCUUUUCUGGAACUUGAUGAUUUUAAAUUCUUGUGUUGGAAAUGCUGGUGAGUACAUUGUGAAUAUGGGUGAGCAAUUAAAUGACCUUUCCUUCUUCCUUAUGAAAUCUGUGAAAGGCUCCGUGGCUCUCGCGAGCACACAUCUCUUGAAUCAGAUUCUCCAGGGUGCAACAAAAAUCCGGCUCAAGGAAUGCAGACUCAUCAGUCCAGCGUACAAAGAAGCACAUGAAUUGAACGAAAAGUGCUGGGGCGGAUUCCAGUUUGAUGAGUAUAGGUUUUCAGAUGAGAAUCUUACUUUUGAUUGGUUUCUUCCAAAAGCUCGCGAAAUUGAGUUUGCUGUCGACACAUUCAAGUCACACAUCACUAAAUCGCUCUCCAACAUUCUGACUGUGUUGAAGAACAUGGUUCAGGAGCAAGACAAUGAACAAACCUCCUCUUUGGAUCUAUCUGACGACAUCCGUGCCAAUUUUCUCUACUUGGGAUACUGCUUAAGUGGAAUGUCAUAUCUCUUCGAUCCUUCUUUUGAUGAAGACAUCCCAAAGUUGAGUGAUCAUAGGUUUGAGCCCAUUCAGGCAAGACUUGCACUUUUGUCUCAAAUCAGACAGAUGGGGACAAGUAAGUUAACGGACCAUGAUGAGCCUAACAUUGAGAGCAUACACGAAGAUUUAAACAGCAUCAUCAAAGAUAUCAAGGGACAUCCAGAGGUCGUUUUCCAUGAUUCAGAAAGCAAGAACGAGUCCGAAUACGAUAUAGUUGUCAAAGAACUCAAUUCUCCACAGCAUGAUGCAAGUGUCCCCUUCAAAAACCCCGAAAAUGGAUCAUAUGAUCUUGAACCCAGGAAUAUACGGACUUCGGAAACACCUAUUAUUGAGGAUUCUGCUAGAGCCAGUCCCCAGUUAGCAGGUGUGGAAUUGUCUUCAAUGAACCCAGCUAUAACGUUCAGAGAGCGAAGCUUGUACACCAGCAAAUACUAUUUUGGUGAUGAUAUUGAGACCCGAAAGUCCAACCUGUUAUAUUUGGAAAUCCACCGAAUGAGACAUUUGGUGGGUAAAAGCUUACAUUUCAUCUGCAAGUUUGCACAGUGUCACUUCCUUGAUAAUACAAAGCUCUUCAGAUACUUGCUUUACAUUUUAAACAUCUGGUUUUCAGAUGUUGGGCACGAGCGUUUGCUUGAUCCUUCACAUGCACGAAUCUCAAUGAACUAUGUGAAAGAGUUGCAAGAUAUCAAUAGAGUGAGAAAGCCAUUCACAAGAAUAGGGUUUGCUAGUCGCAUUGAAUCAUACCACCUGUUAAGAGUUGCAUUGCAUAGCACGUCUCGCUCGAUGACAGAUUUGGAUAGAGUACUCCUAGAAGAUAUUGCCAAGUUGUCGUGCUCCACGUAUACUACAAUUGCAGAGCCGGCUCAAACAACAUUGAUCGAUGCCAUGAAACGAGUGAAUGGCUCAUACAAUGUGAUUGUUCGCGCUUGCCUUCGCCGCGUAUCAAAGGCCAUCCUGGAAAACAAUCAUAAAAACAUUAAAAGCGGCUUGAAUGUAUUUGAGAUUAAGGGGAUCAAGACAAAAUUGCAAACAGAUUUUGCCAACCUUCAACAAUACAUUGAAAUACUACACAAAUGUUUUUCCAUUGACGACAAAGACGUCAUUGAAACCUCACAGCGCUCUUUAAAUCAUAUUUGUGGCAGAAUUUAUCCACCUUACAAGAUUUGUCUCAUUGAUCAUAAUCUUGUGGACACUAUUCGUCCACCCGACGAAUACAUCGAUCUAGAAAUCAAGGCAGUUAUGUAUGCGAAGGAAAAGAAGCGUUCGGUGUACCUCGAAAGACUCGAACUGAUUGAGGACACAAUCUUGAAAUAUGAAGAGACGAAUUCUCAUUGGAAAACAAGCUCUUUGAAUAUCUUGUUUUUGAUCGAACUUCAGGUUGAAUAUGAGAUGCCGACUCGAAAGAGUGUGCUUGAUUUGCUUGCUAAAGCAGCUGAAUCAGACCACCCAGUUGUAUCACGAACAGCAUUGAAAGGAAUCACGAAAUUGUUGAGUAAGCUCGAGAGCUUGUCGAUUUUUAACUAUCAAUUAGAACGUGCUUAUGAAGCGACGUUUGUCUCAGACUCUUUUAAGGUUAUUGACACUCGGCCACGUGAUGGCAAGUCUUAUUAUGAAACUUGGCAAAAAGAGAUUAGGAGCACUUCUCCAGGUUACUUCAUUGAUGAAAAAAUGAGCCAGGGUUGGCUUUUCUGGGAUAGCGAGACAGUUGUUUUGAGAAAUGAGCCCCACUUUCAGCUCAACUUAAAUGAGAAUGAUCGAGCAACUCUUGAACAUUUUUCAAAGAAAAUCACAAAGACUUGGCUAAAAAAUGUCAUUGAUUUAUGGAUAGCCGACAAUGACUCUAAUUUUGCUUUCCAAGGCACAGACGUCUUCAUUACUGCCGGUAUCGUGUCCAUGGUUUGCAGCGGAAUCAUAGAGGGCGUCUCAUUCAGUGACAUAUUAAGCAUCAUUGAAUCUCUGUAUAACAAAGAAGAGAAGAGUUCUCAUAUUGUUGUGUGUGAAUUAGUCACAGGUGUUUUGAUUGCCUCCAAAAAUUUCAAUCCCGAUUUCAUUGAUCAAAGAGACGAGUUUCUAGUCGGCUUUCUUGAGAAUAUCUUUCAAAAUGAUUUGACCCCCGAAACGAUUCAAAUAUGGGAUAUAUUUGCAUGGUGGACACCAACACAUAUUGAUACCAGAAGAUUUCCACGCGUCAGGGAUGUAAUUCUCAAUUUCCGGAUAGAUAAGGACUCAGACGCCGCCUACAUGGAGGCAUCCAUGUUGAUGUACAUGAAGUCUGCAGUUGCUUCAAUGACGUGGGCGACUCCCAACCCUCAUCAAAUUCUUGAUCUUUGUUUCGACAAUGUAAACAAUAGAUACGAAGCGAUUCGGGAACGAAUUGGUGCUUUGAUGGUUGUCACGUCCUUCUCGUUUUACUGCAACUCAUUCCCCGAUGCCAAGAGCUUUAUUGAUGCAUCACAUGGCGACCAAGAGGCUUUACUCAUGAAGGUCACUGAUCAAAGUCUUUUCGAUAAGCUUAAACAUUUAUUUGAGAACAUCAAUGCUUUGAAGAAGGAUGUUGAAAACCUUCCGACUCAGGAGAUCUUAAGCUCAGCGUAUUUUUAUUCUGCCACGACAGCUUUAAGAUGGUUGAAACAGGCGCUUAGCACAAGUUUUGCUGUGCAAUAUCAAUUUAUGGUGGACACGCAUUUCAUGCCAUUUCUUCUAGACUUGAUGACAAUGAAGGAGGUGUGUCUUUUAGGAAACAUUGACCCUGUCCUGGCAUUCCAAAAAGUAUCGCAGAUUCCUUUUGGAAACAAGGCGCUCGACAACGUGGUGUCAAUGCUUGAGCGAUACAUGACGCAGAACCUCAGCUUGUUGCAGUAUCUUGCUCUUGGAGAAUUCACCGAGGUUAUUUAUUUCAAGAACUUGCUUAAAUUGGGUUUUGGUCAACGCAUGAAGAUCUUGAACUUCAUCAAUUCGAUGAUGUACCAUAGCAACCCCGAGAUAAGGGAGGCACUGGCAUCGACGUUUUCGGGGUUGAUUUACUCCAGUCCGCCAGGAGAUAUCCAGGAAAUUGUGACGGCUUACAAUCAGCGAUACUCGGCGGACUUGGAUAAAGUCAGGAGAAAGCACAAGAAAACCCAAUUUAAAUCAAUACCUGCUGAUGACUUUAUUGUUUUGCAUGGCGCCACCCUUGGUCUCGGGGCAUUGGUGCAUGCUUUCUCGUUUGUCUCCCCUCCGCCAUCAUGGGUUCCCAGUACAUUGUCGAUAUUAUCUAACAAGGCGAUUGGACUCCCCGGCAUAGUGGGUAGGUCCGCAAAAGAAAUCUUGGGCAAGUUCAAGAAAACAAGGCAGGAUACGUGGCAUAUUGACGGCAAGGUGUUUACGGAAGAGCAGAUGCAAGACCUCGAGGGUGUACUCUGGAGAAGCUACUUCAUCUGAGCAGAGGUAAUGAAAUUUACGUCAGAGGUAAUGAAUACUACGACUUCAGGUAAUGAAACGACUUCAGGUAAUGAAUACUACGACUUCAGGUAAUGAAUACUGCGACUUCAGGUAAUGAAUACUACGACUUCAGGCAAUGAACACUACGACUUCAGGUAAUGAAUACUGCGACUUUAAAAAAUACAAAGGGUCCGGAUAGCGAGCCGGGCACCGGCAAAUAGACGCGCAGAUAGUAUGGAAUUUCAGCGCAAAGCGGAAGCGUACGUAAGGCGUGCUUGAGCAAACGGCCCGGGCCCCUACUGCG